AUGGAUAUGACUGGCCAAGACUUUAUCUUCGGAUUACUGUCCAAGGCUUGCCACAAUGAGCCUUUCUCAAGCGAGGAACUUGCAAUCGGUAACAUGGAUCGGAGUCAUCCCAUUCCGCUACUGGAUGACUCGUACACCCCGGGCCCUGAGCUCGCUCGUCAGAUUGUGAAACCCCCGCCAAGCCUUGGCUCCCUCAAAGCUCUCGCGACGAACACAUUGUCCGUCUCCACAGACUUUAUCUCUACGGACGAUGCUGUCAACGCUUUUAUCUGGAAAUCUAUCGCCCGUGCCCGGGAUUCUCCGUUUUUGGAUUCCCCAGGGCUAUCCAAGCUCAUGCAGACUUUGACAUACAAAACCGACACAAUCAAGAAAUUAUGCGAAGAGCGUUUGCGCAUCGUCGCCGCCGAGCUUCGGUCCCAGCUCGAUCCAAAGAAUAAUGAUCUAAUAUUCAAUACCCGUGCCCUCGCUACAGUUCUCAGCCGCUCGGAUGACAAGACCAAGGCGUCUUUCACUGCCAUGGUCAAUUUUUCGUCGGAUUUUAUGCUUAGUUCGUGGUCGAGGAUUAGCUCAUAUGAUCUAGAUUCCAAUCUAGGUUCGGCUACGCCUGAAGCUGUGCGGAGACCACACUUUACCCCCGUUAAGGGCCUGGAGUAUUUGAUGCCCCGAUCGGCUGCAGGUGAGAUGCCUGUUGGUAUCUGUCUGAGAGAUGAAGACUGGGAACGGUUAAAGGUAGAUGGAGAGUUUAUGAAGUAUGCUAAGUAUAUUGGGUGA